AAGGCACCCAAUUUGAAUAUCAUACAGUACAAUCUUCUAAUGCCAUAGGAUAUAACCUAUUACUAAUUACACAAAAACUAUGCACUCCGUACAAAUCAGUUUGGGAAUAGAUUUUCGCACUUUCAUUUAAUUAUCUCAAGCCAUGUGUUAUGUACCGGCCUUUUGUUCAAAAGUUGUUAAUGAUGAGAAGUUGUGUCAAGAACGGUUCCUUUCAUUAUUGUUUGAAAAAGUGCGGCUCGUGUGAAAUUGUCUGCAGUUAUGUUGAAAUUAAAUAUGCUCAGUUAUCUGCUAUUUGUAUAUAAACACCUGUCGCACUUGCACUUGUUAUACAACCAAAAUCACGUUCACUACCUUGCAUAGUACAUCAUGGCGUCCUCUCGAAGAAUAGCUAUAUUUGGUGACAGUUAUGUUAAACGACUUGGACGUCAUUGUAAUUAUGAUUUAAAGAUGCCUGGAGAAUUGCGAUUUUUCGCUAAGGGGGGUAUGACGGCAGCACGUCCUGACGUCGAGUUGCUACAGGAACUGAAGAGAUUCCAGCCGCACGUUGUCGUGGUGGUUCUGGGUGGAAACGACAUCUGCGUGCAUUUUUGCAAAAUUUGUCAGCGGGGUUAUUUUCCGAAGGACCGUGCAAUGACUAAGAAAUGUUUCAAUGCACAGCGAAACAAAAUCAAUGACUGUCUCAACAAAAACGCGUGUGUAAUAGAACUGAAAAAGAUUCGAUUUCCAGCAGAUUACCACACCGAUACGGUGCACUUGAAUGAAGUUGGCAAUACUAAACUCUUAAGGCACAUCAGAGGCUUUUUAUUUGGACUUAAAAUAUUUCACUUUCACUUGUUGCUUACCGGUGUAUUGAUGCAGUUGAUAACGAGCACCUCGCCGGGACUACACUAG